GGCCCUCUCUCUGUGCUUUCUAUUUCUGUUGAAGCCUCUUGAUUCUUAUAUUAUGAUAUCAUUUUGAGGUCUUCUUGCUGCGCUUUUUAAGCUUUAAAAUUCGAUCGUUCCGGCUCUUGUCUGCCUGUGGAAAGAAAUCUGUCUAUCUGUGAAUUAGUUUGGGCUUUGGGAGGCAAGCAAAUAGGAUAUUUCUGGGCUGUGGAUUCUCCAAGUUUUUCAAGAACACAUGGAAUUGAAUUUUCUUCGCGGAUGAUUUCAUUUCAUAGUACGGGAAAUAAGUUUAUUGAGCCAUUAUGACGAUCCAUGUUACCUUUUCUUGAACCCCAUUACUCAAUUGCCCGCUUAUGGAUUCCCUUUUUUUUUUUUUGUCGUUUUAGCAACCAGCCUUUUGCAAUUGAAAAGAAAAGAGGUAGAGUUUACUUUAAUGUUCAUUAUACCUUAUCUUCCUGGUUUAUUUAAUCAUUAUGAGGACUCCUCUUGCACAUUUCCAAUCCCACUCCUCGAUUUGAAUUGCCCACUUCUGGAUUCCCUGCGUUCUUUUCUUGGGUCGUGUAACAGGUGGUCUUUGAAAAAUGAUAAUAGAAGUUUGAGGGCUUACCUUUAUUUUCGUCGCACUUUGUUUUCUUCUCUGGUUGACAGAUUGUGGAUUGGGUUCUCUUUUUGUUAAUUAUGUAAUCAGCACGAACUUUAAUCGUUUUCUUUGUAGUGCUCUGUUCGUUCGAAGGGAAAGUUUGAAGAUACAUGAAAAUGAAUGAUUUUAAAUUGAUUUUUACAAAUUACAUGCUGCUCUCCACUCUGCCCUGGGUCCACAUUCACCCCUUUUCUCCCCAUAUGGAAGAACCAUACUGGUUUCUGUUUUCUGAUAUGUUCCUCGGCUUAUAGGACAAAGAAGUACAAUGUGGUAUUCAGUUAGUUAUUGGUGGUUUUUCAUUGAUGAACAUUUACUACUUCUUGUUUGGCUUGGCUGCUUUCAAUUUGACAUUUGCUACUGCGCUUGUUUGACAUUGAGUUCAAUAUAUGAAUAUGUACGUGCGUACGCAUAUGAUAGUAAUAUAGUGGAAUUGUUUCACCGACAAAUGUAACAGAAGUCAUCACUGAGGAUUUCGUAGCGGCAAAAGUUGUUACCUUUUUGCUUCCUCUCUGUCUUCUUAUGCAGGACAAAGGGGGUCAAAAUGUGGUCGCGCGUAGAUUAUUUAUGAUUCUUAUUGUUUUUUCAUAAUGAUUAUUCUCAUAGACCUUAUUUGGUAAUUUUGAGGUAAUUAUAGUUGAAUGUACAAGGUUAGCUUUCAUGAGAUUGUUUGCUCGUCAGUAUUGAUUACCUGUAAAAAGAUCCUGAGUGUAAAACGGGGUAUAAUUUAUAUUGUUGAAUAAAAAAUACUAGUGCGGGGAUUUCCCUUUUUCUGAUAAAGUACAGAUUCCUAACUAGUGGAUUGUUCGUCGUCCACUAGAAUAAAUGAUAUAGCUGUAAUUGCUUCAGCCAUCUGCAUUUUUGUGCCGGCCCGUCUUUCCUUCCCCCCCCCCCCCCCGAGAAUGAAUAGUAUCAUACGAGAGCAGAAAUGACCUUUGUACGAUUUCUAUUGUUCAUCCCUUUUAUGGAUCUAUGAUUUCUGUCCUUACCUAAUGUUUUGUGCUUCAAACUUCUUCUUUGCUAGUAAGGCAUAUAUUUUUUUUUAAUUCAUAAACUUCUAACCAGAGUUUAUUGGUAUUUCCUUAGCAAUAAUAAUUCAGAGCUCAUGGAUAACCAAGAUUACCUGGCAUCUGAUACUGGAGAUUUUUCUGCUCAGAACACUCCAGAGAUGUACGGUUUAGCAUCUGAUCAGUUUCCUGAAGCUCCACGUAAGAGGGCAUCAUGGCAAGCUACACAUGAAAGUUUUUACCCAGAGCAUAAGAAAGACUUGACCAUUGAAGAUGUUGUAAAGAAGCAUGUUCUUCCAUUUCUUCCUGCAAAAUCACUUUGCAGGUUCAAAGCUGUCUGCAAGGCAUGGAAAGAGUGGAUAAGUAAUCCUUUCUUUCUUUACCGACAAAGUUACUGCUUCCAGGAGACAUGUGGUUUUCUUUAUCAGUGCCCCGACACUUUUCCUGUCUUCAUCUCUUUGGAUUCAAGCGCUUAUGGCGUUGCUUGCCCCUCUCUCAAUUUCUUGCCCGAAUAUGUUAUUGUAAGGGCUACAUGCAAUGGUUUGAUUUGCUGCCGAGGUACUUCGGGGGACAAUAGUUACUACAUCUGCAACCCUGCUAACAGGCAAUGGCAUGUAAUUCCCGAGCCAAAUCUAUACCAUGGACCUGAAUCAGUUUUGGUGCUUGCCCAUGAACCAUCACUCUUAAACUUCACAGCAAGUUAUGAGCUCGUUUGUGCUAUUCCUAUGAUCAACGAACCUGUUGUUCGCUUUGAGAUUUUCUCAUCAAGGUCCAGGACUUGGAGGGUUGUGGACACAGUAUGCUCUGACCUGAUCAGCACGAACUUUUGUGGAGAUGGAUUAUACAUAAAGGGAUAUGCCUGCUGGGAGACUUACUGUGGUGAAGUUCUGGCGUUCGAUAUGAGGUAUGAACUGUAUAGCAUUUUUCCGCUUCCCGCUAACAGAGGACCAGAAGGCGUUUUAACCGAGUGUCGUGGGGAGUUAUGCUAUGUCAUGCCUUAUAAGCUGGAUAAUAACGAAUGCCUCCUCGAAGUAUAUGGGGGUAUGUGUAUGGGUCUGAAGCACGCAAUUUCGUUCCCUGUUGGAAAUUCGGUGAAUCAAGAUGAUGAUGAAGAGGAGGAGGAAUGUUUCCGUGCCUUGCCUUGUUUAAGUGGAGACAGAUUCGCAGUUCUUGCCGGCUGGAAUCUGGUGGUCUAUGAUGUCAAAGAGAACAGCGCUGAAUCUUUGGACUUAAGAAGCAUCUAUGAAGGAGGAAAGUUUCUGCCUUAUGUCAACAGCCUGCUACCUGUGAGCCAUCACCAGAUGUACAGAGAGAUCAGAAAUGUCUCAGCUCAACUCUGAUAAUGGAUUCUAGUUCUAACCUUUCCGUUCUGGCAACCUGGAGACAAGAUCUUGGACGUUCUCUUCAAUAGCUUGUUUAGCAGUCAAGAGUCAAGACAAUCCUUUUGCUUUCUUUUUUUUUCUUUUUUUCUUUUUGUAACUUUUUUCUCUUUGUUUCUCAGUUUCUGCAGCUUCCCUUUUUUUCCCCAAUCCCUUUUGGGUCAUACUUUCUCUUGAAGUGGUUUAAUGUAGUGGUUCUGAACAAUGCGUAAAGUUACUUCUAAAGUUUUAACUCCUAACCACUAAGGCACGGGCGAAUU